GAUUGCGGUAAUCGCGGCGGCGCCGUCGCCUUAACCUUCCGCUUUAACCUUCUUGCCUGGCGCGGAGAUAAGCGGCGCGUAUCAGCGAUGGCGCGAGGUACCGCGCGGAAGGGAAGCUCCCGGACGGUACCCUGGCUGGGCGCCUCUUGGUCUCCUCGCCGGUCGCGACAAUUCGGAGCAAAAAGGGGAAAAGACACGCUAUGGGUCUGGGGUGGAUUCUGGGAUUCGUUUACCAGGGAGACCGUGCGCGCGAACUGCUCUUGCAGAAAGGCCGCAGACCGAUUGGCACGUCGACAAUUCCUCGAUCGACUUUCACUGUAUUUAGUGAAUUAACGCCCCCCGAACAACCGUUAUCCAAGUGGCAAAGUAUAAUUCUGUGGGCAAAACGGAAGAGAGCCUUCAGCUGCGGUUGCCUGGAGAACUCGGGGCGAUUCUCACUUGCGAAAGUUCAGAACCUGUUGCUGUCUCGAGUUGAAAGUUCGUUCUAUAGUUUCGCUAAGUGCGGUACGAAAGAAAGAGAAACGGUUCGUGGUUUAUCAGUAACUCUCUUAGUUUGUGUUGUGUCCGAGUUGAAAGUUCAAAACGACGGUAAAAAACGAAGUAAAAGUUCCGCGCGAAGAAAAAGUAUCGCGUAUGUGAGCGCGCCAAGUUCUCAGUUUGAGUAAUAAAGUACCGAGAGAAAAGUUUCGAGGGUAAAAAAAGAGAGAGAGAAAGGGUCGAAAGUUGUGUAAGAAAGUAUGUUCGACACGA